AUGUUGUGUGUGCUCGCUCAUCUUUCUCCCCCCUCCAGACCAGACCUUCCCCUUUCUCGCUCUCGUCUCACUUUCUCCAUACAUAAGAAAAUCGCCACGUCACUCUAUUUCUCCGUGGUGGCUCUUAUAAUCGCCAUCUGGGCCGUCUUUAUUUUCCGCGCCAUUCAAGCCCCGCCGCCGAUCCCGCUCACCGACGCUGACGUCACCAGCCCUCGCGUCCGGCUCUCGGACGGCCGCCACGUGGCGUACCACGAGAUGGGUGCGGCUGCUGACGUGGCCAAGUACCAGGUGCUGGUGGUGCACGCGUGGCAGACGUGCCGGCUCAGCAUGCUGCCCAAUAUCACGCAGGAGUUUCUAGAAGCCAACGGCAUUCGUCUGGUGAGCUACGACCGGGCGGGGUACGGCCAGAGCGACCCCAACCCGGGGCGCACGCUGCAGAGCGACGUGCGGGACGCAGCCGAGGUGGCGACUCUAGUGGGGCUGGGGGAGAAGUUCUACCUCGUGGCCACGUCCAUGGGGACUUACGUGGCGCUCGGCGCGCUGCGAUACAUCCCGCACCGCCUCAAGGGUCUGACGAUAAUCAGUGUGGUGGGCAACCCCUGGGACCCCACGUGGCCCAAGCACGAGUUCACAGCCACCUGGCAGCAGAUGCCAGUGCAAGACCGCAUCACGCUGCUGCUGGCGCGCCACGUACCUUCCCUGCUGCACGUGUGGUUCUCACAAACGGUGGUGCCGAUGGGAAACUUCCGGCACCCUUUCCAUCCGCACCCGGUUGAGCUGUAUGAGUCGGACAUGGCUGCCCUGGCCAGCACCGAGGUGUUUGGUUAUUUCGCUCAGAACAUGCAGGAGGGGGCAAGGCAAGGAGCAGGCGCGUCAUGGUAUCGAGAUUUCGAGAUCCUCGCUUCUGACUGGGGCUUUAACCUCUCGGAGAUCGACCUUUCUCAGACACGAGAGGAGGGAAAGAAUGGGGGAGAAGAUGGAGGGGAGGAGGGGGGGUUGAAGGGGAAGGUGCACAUAUGGCAUGCGGAGGAGGACUGGGGGGCACGGGUGGGCUAUGCGCGGCAUGUGGGGCGGAUGGUGGAGGGCAGUGUGCUGCAUGUGGUGCCCAAGAGGGGCCAUUUCUUCAUGUACAACGAUGCCCACAUGCCCCCCACUGUGCUUCUGACCAUGCUUGGGUUGGAAGGGAAGGUGAAGGCGGAGGAUGUGGGAGUGAGUGAGGGUGUGACCGAGCGGGUGAGUGAGGGAGUGAGUGAGGAGCUGAAAAGUGAAGAGUGA